AUGGACAGAAAGGGGACAACCAUGCUUUCUUCGCCCUGCGGAGCUGCCACCAGCUGCUACACAGUGAUGGCAGCGAGUUUUUCUCCCCGGAUUAUUUGUGCUCCAACCCUCCUCUGUGGUGCAACUGGACCAUUCAGGUGGAUCCCGGGAAGAGGAUUCAUCUCAGCCUGGAGGAUUUUACCCCUAAUGAGACCUGCCAUCUCAAACAGGACCAGAUCCAUAUAGAUGAGCCUGCUGGCCACUCGGGGGGCCAUAAAGUGCUGCAAAAAUGUUGGCAGGAAGCCAAGUACACUUCAUCCUCCAACACUCUGUAUAUAGUGCUACUGAUAGGUGGCUGGCCCACCCCUACUUAUAGGGGCUUUUACGGACGAUACCAGGCUUUUGGUCCACCAGUGGUUUACAAUCCCCAGGAAGUCUUCACAAGGACAAGCAAGGUGUCUAAGCCAUCAGCACUCACAGACUUUAGUGACUUGGAAUCAGAUAUAAAUGGGGAUCAAACGGAGUUGGCAAAUUCUGAUUUGAUGUAUGAUUAUUAUGAUCAGCAUUUAACAAUGACUGCCACGCUUCCUUGGGUCUCCAGUGGUGCAGACAGAGGUAUAAAGGCAACUGAAAAGUCAUAUUCAUUCUUGGGGAACAACAGCCAUGUCUACCAGUAUGUGCCUAGACCCACUGUGCCAUCCUCGACCCAAAAAGCCUUUCGAUCAGGAAGAGGUGUUGUCUACCGCCAUUCAAGUCAAGCUGACUUGGCUGUUCUUUCUGGAUCCUCACAGCAGCAGCACUAUGUCAGUGAUGGGUCAAGACCCAGCAAUACCACCAAAACACAGCAUGUUACUAAUGCUAACAAAAAAGACGGGUCAUCUGCAAAGGGUUCUGAAAAAGGUGAGAACAAGCCGGAGGUCAGUGAAAGCUCAGACCAGACGUUCCACUUCUCUGACACUGACCAUCAUUAUCGCCACUCCAACACGGUUGUGCCUCAACCUGACGACAAAGGAAACCUGAACAUGAAGAAUCACUAUGAAAGUCCACAUCUGCCGGGUGAUCACCUGUUUGAAGUGGCAGUCGAGGUGAAUUUCAGCCACGAUUUGGAUGAUUCCUGGGACAACUUAGCCAGGCAGUUGCUGCUGUCAGUGAAAGCUUUGAUCACCAAACAAUUGGGCAGUCUUCACACACAACUGUCCCUCUCUUCAAAAAGAAUUAAAAGGUUGAAUACUGGAGUUCUUUAUAUACUUUGGCUGCAGAUUGGACAGGGGCCUAGAGGUGUGCAGAUCCACAGGGCUGUCCACUCUGCCAUGCAGGGGCUCCUUACCAUGGAUGUCAACCUCAGAGUCAGCCGCCGGAACGUUGUCGUCAUGUCUGUGUCCACCACAGAUGUAAAUGAGUGCGGAACCCAACUAAGCAGUUGUGACGUUAACGCAGACUGUUUGAACCACUUUGGCACAUACUCCUGCCACUGCAGGCCAGAAUUCCAGGACAAGUCCCGCUUGGGAUCAGGAGGAACCAUCUGCAUGAAGACUCAGGCUGCAGGAUGCAGCUCAAGUCUGUCCUCAGAGACCAAAGUCGUCUACGUGCUUUUCUUCCUGCUAAGCUCCCUCAUUCUAAUGCUGGUGGUGGUGGCUGGAACACUCUAUCACCGCCACCACCGGGGGGCGUUUUUGGUCCACUGCCGCAGCAACAGCAGCAACAUGUCCCCUCCUGAUCCAAACAACCACCACCUCCACCCUGAUGAAAACUACUCCACCCCUACUGAGUGUGACCUGCCUGCCCCCCCUCCACAUGUGAGGUGUACCAAAGAAGGCUGGGCCCCGUUGAAGGAGCGCUGCUCCCCCAUGGACCUCACCCUGCUGCGCUUCAACUCCCUGAUGCCACCAGACAGCUACACGGAUUCACGGGACAGUGGAAAGAUGUAAACAAAGUGUGUGUUAUCUAUAUUCAUUAAAAUCUCUUUAGUUUUCUUUGUUCCUUAGUAAGAACGUUCACUCUAUGAAACUUGACUAAAUUAAAUCACAACAAAACUGCA